UGCUUCGCACUCACUCCACUGUCAGUAUAAUCAUGGAUUUACAUUUCCUCUUCUCUUUUCCAGUUUUCUUCUCCUUCCUCAUCCUACUCGUCACCUUCCUGCAGCUCAAACCCAAAAACAAAUCCGUGCCGAGGCUGCCUCCCGGUCCAUGGAAGCUCCCGGUCAUCGGCAACAUGCACCAGCUUAGCGGCCCUCUCCCCCACCGCACCCUCCAUGACUUGGCAGCUAAAUAUGGCCCCUUGAUGCACCUAAAGAUGGGAGAGGUUUCCACGGUAGUGUUCUCCUCCCCGGAGACGGCCAAGGAGGUGCUAAAGACCCACGACGUGAUCUUCGCGUCUCGCCCACCCAUCCUUGCCUCAAGCAUCAUCUCAUAUGACUGCACGAGCAUCACAUUCGCGCCCUAUGGCGAGUACUGGCGCCAGCUGCGCAAGAUAUGCAUCCUCGAGCUCCUCAGUGCCAAGAGGGUGCUCUCGUAUCGUUCGGUGAGGGAGGAUGAGAUGGCGAACCUGGUGAAGUGGAUCAGGUCGAAGGCUGGGACCGCAAUCAAUCUCACGGAGAAGAUCUACUCAUCGCAGUACGGCAUGACCUCUAGGGCGGCGUUCGGGAAGCAGUGCCACGAGCAGGACAGGUUCAUUGGAGUGGUCAAGGAGGCUAUUAAGUUCGCAGGCGGGUUCGGGAUUGCGGACUUGUUUCCAUCGAUCAAACUGCUUCAUGUGAUCAGCGGCAUGAAGCCUAAGAUCGAGAAGCUGCACAAGGAAUCUGACAGGAUGCUCGAGGACAUUAUCCGCGAACACCGGGAGGCCAAGAAGAGAAACGCUGACAAUGGUGGCCAGGAGGUUGAAGAAGAUGAGGAUUUGGUUGAUGUGCUGUUGAAAAUUCAGAGGCAGGGUGAUUUUGAAUUUUCCUUGACCACUGACAACAUUAAGGCUGUCAUCUUGGACAUCUUCAGUGCUGGAAGUGAGACACCAGCGACAGCGGCGGAUUGGGUAAUGUCAGAGCUCAUCAAGAACCCGAACAUCACGCGAAAGGCCCAAAGCGAAGUGCGAGAAGUCUUCAACAGGAGAGGUAGAGCCGAUGAGGAAGGAGUCUCGGAGCUCAGCUACUUAAAACAAGUGGUGAGGGAAGCCCUGAGACUUCACCCGCCCGUGCCUCUCCUCCUGCCGAGGGAAUGCUCGGAGGUCCGUGAGAUCUGUGGCUACACAAUCCCGGUCAAGACCAAGGGAAUCAUCAAUGCCUGGGCGCUCGGGCGGGACCCCAAGUGGUGGAAGGACCCGGAGAGGUUCGACCCUGAGAGGUUCAACGACACUUCAGUGGACUUCAAGGGCAAUUAUAUGGAGUACAUUCCUUUCGGGGCGGGCAGGAGGAUCUGCCCCGGCAUGACCUUCGGGCUUGCCCAGGUGGAGCUGCAGAUCGCUAUGCUACUGUACCAUUUCGACUGGAAGCUGCCCGAGGGGAUGAGGAAUGAGGAUCUCGACAUGACUGAGACGUUCGCGGUCACAGUGAAGAGGAAGGACGACCUGUACCUGAUCCCGACCCCGUACAUCCGGCCCUAGGUAUCAAUCUCGAUGGAUUCAGUUGGAUUGAUCCAUUUGACAUGCUUAAUAAUGUAUUGGAGUGUCUCGUCUCUCUUGAUUGGAACUUGAAUAUCGGUGGACCGCGUGUGUCGUACUAAGGUUCAGGCCGUACCGGGUGAAAGCAAAUGAAUUGUUGAACUCGAAAUCAGACGGGUGAAAGAAUCAAAUCUACGGAUGAUCUUUUCUUUAA